AUGUAUAAAGAAAUGUUCAUGUGUUCGUUCAAUAUGCUCCGACCAGAGUUUUCCCAGAUCAAUGGCCUAUGUGAGGUUGAAGUGAUUCCAAAUUCCUACCACUCUGGCAAUAUUCAUGGCCAGGGAAAAAAGAAGUCGAAGGUCACUGCCGACUAUAAGACUGACCCUCAAUUCGUGGUAACAUCCUUUAUGCCCGACUUCGAGUACAUCAAAGAUGUUGCCCCAAAGCGAAAGUACCCUCUCGUGACAUGUGUAGAUCUAGAAGAUCCUGUGUUCGUUUAUGACGUCACUUCCGGCCGGAAACAUGGCGACAAGGAAUCGGACAAGGAUUCGCUGUACAACAGCAGUGAAAACUUGUCAGCGGUCAAGGCCAGGCUGGACAGCGGUUGUGAAGUGGACAUGCCAUCAGACAACGACUCCAUUGACAACCCGAAUGUCGACAGAAUAAAGAAAGGUGAGCUAUCACGAACGCACAGUCACGAUUCUGGUAUGUUCGAUGACGUCAUUGACGACACUUCCUAUGACGUCACCACUGCAAAUGGUCAAGUGAAUGACAACGACCAUGAUGACAUCAUUGACGACGAUGCUUCUGAUGACGUCAGCACAGAUGACGUUGCUGCUGCAGAUGAAUCGGAAACAGACGAAGGGUUAAUCUCCUGCUCUGAUACGAUCAGUCAAGCAGAAAGCGUCCAAAACGUGUCUGAUGUCGAAAAUUGCAACGUUGAUGAUGUCAUCGAUAAUGUGACGUCACUGGAAAAGGAAGAGCGGGCUAUUCUUGAUGAAUUCGAAGAACAGUUUGAGGAAAUCGAUCUAAAUGAAGAGAAACAAGAUAUUAUCGAAAUCGGCGAUGGAUAUCUCCCACUCUCUGAAGAGCUUGCCCAAGCAGAAGUUUCCGGCCUCAAAACCGACGACCCUGUUGCUAGGGACGCCGAAAUGGUAUCCAUGGAAACGGAGUCGGGUGUGGCCCCAAGUCAAGAAGGGGAUGUGGCUCGGAAAGGUGAAGAUGACAUUGGACAACUUUCAGGGCCAGAUCGAUUUCUCAAAUUGGAGGAGGAAGAGGACGACAUUAUUUUUGACCUUUCUCAACUGGAACUCAAUAACUGUGAGGGCGAACUUUCGGCCAUCAAAGAUUUACAAAGGCAAACAACAGCAGGCUCUUUUUUAUAUCCGACGGUUCUGGAGAGCGAUGGACCCAUACAGAUCCCCAUGGACUUGCUGAUCGACGACGACAAGGAGGACGAGGUGCUGUUUGAUGCCAGCGCCCGUCGGGACCUGAAUAUCACGUGCAAUCCGCUUUACGAACAGACUCUGAAGGAGGAAGAAAAUGACAAAUUUUCGCUGAAAAGUUUUCAGAGUGGAUUCCAGACGAAUUUCGACAACGUCAACUUUAUUCAGAUCCCGACGACGUCGGCAUCAAAACCGUCGAAGGAAUCUUCCCCGCUUAUAAAGAACCGCUCGUCGGAAAGUGCUGACGAAGUUGCAUGUUGCGUUAUUCUUUAAGACGGAACAAAGUUAAAAACAACAAAGUGUAAUUGCUUGCAAAGUUAUUGUCAAUCACGAAUGAAUAACAAAUAUCAAACUGAUAUAAGGAUAAAUAAUUUACCAAACAAAGCUUUAAGAAAUCGUCAAGCGUGUAUACCUAAAAAUACGUUUUGAUAAUUGUAAAUACGCUUUUGUUGUGGACAUAGUUAGUAUCAUUACUACAAAUAAAAGAAAACAAAACGAAAGCUAACACUACAAUUAUUUUGUGACUUUGUGGUAGCAUUUCAGGAGAUGUCUAGCUACUGAUGUUAUAUGUAUGCUAAUGAGUUAAUAAUUCAAAAAUCCCCUUACUUAUUCGGUAUGUUAAAACAUCUCAUCUCUCAAACAUUAUAUUUUGUGUUUUAAUUAUAUAAAAUAUGUAAAUUAAGAAUAACAUGUUUAAAGUGCCAUACAAACUUAUAUUGUACGAGUUAUGUGUUUAAAAGUCAUGGAAAUUGAAGCGGUUCUUCAAAGCUUUGAUCUGCGCCUUAAUACCCGUUAAUGUGUUUUGAUGCCUUUUAAGUUUGCAUUUAAAAAAGCAAACAAAAAUAAUAAAAUGAGACAAAUACACAAAAAGCAGUUCAAUUCAUCUUGUUUUCAUUUCAUGAUUUAUGAAUCAUGCUUUAUAGUUAUUUAUUUUAGCAUUCAAAUACCGAAAAAUAAUUUAUAAGAAGUGGACAAGAAUUAUGCAUUUUCUUCUCUUAUAGUUGGGUUCUGUUUAUUUUUCAUUUCAUUGUUAAAAAUCACAAUGCAUUACCUUUCAU